AUGUCCUACAUGGCUUCACCAUCUUACGCUGUCAACGAAAGGGGAACUCGUCAAUUGGUGGAUGCUGGCCUAGAUUUAAAUAUAGACUCCGGCGGACUCGGAGAACAAGCUAAAGAUGCAAUAAUCAUGUGCAGUUUAGUCACUAUAUUAAGCUUAAUUCAUCAAUAUUUCUGGUUCCUCCUAUUAAUUGUCAGUGAAACAAUCAUUGGGAUUUUAAAACAGGUGUGGUGA